CAUAGCUAAACGGAGUGUGGUCGUUGUCAACCUACGUGUCCCUCACCACCUACCCUGCUUCCAAAACUCCCAAGUCUCUACACAAGUCUCGCUCUUGCUCUGCAUUCUGCCAGUCUUCGGAAGAAGCAAUCAUCAUGUCUUCAUCAUUGGAAUCCCUAAAAAUUGGAAUCAUAGGGUUUGGUCCCUUUGCGCAGUUCUUGGCAAUCACCUUGGUAAAACAAGGACACACCCUAUCUGCAACCUCACGAUCCGAUCAUUCUGAGCUUUCCUCUCGCUUGGGCAUUAAUUUCUUCAGAGAUAUAGAAACGUUCCUUGAAUUCAACAACGAUGUCAUCCUUCUCUGCACAUCCAUCGUAUCUCUUUCUGAGGUAGUGAAAUCAAUACCAUUCCAUCUCCUGAAGAAGCCCAAUACCCUCUUCGUUGAUGUCCUCUCCGUCAAAAUACAUCCAAGGGAUCUUCUCCUUCAGGUAUUGCCAGAAUCGAUGGACUUGCUCUGUACUCACCCGAUGUUUGGGCCAGAGAGUGGGAGAGAUGGGUGGCAUGGGUUACCUUUUGUGUUCGACAAGAUUCGGAUCAGGGAUCAAGAUAUCUGCUCCCGUUUUCUUCAAAUUUUUGAACAAGAGGGUUGCAGAAUGGUGGAAAUGAGUUGUGAAGAACAUGAUAAACAAGCAGCUCGAAGCCAAUUUCUUACCCAUACAAUUGGAAGGGUUUUGUCUGAAAUGGAUAUCAAGUCUACAUCAAUGGAUACCAAAGGUUUCCAGACACUGAUUCAAUUGAAAGAGAGUACAGUGAAAGAUAGUUUUGAUUUAUAUAGUGGACUAUUCAUCCAUAAUAAGUUGGCUCAACAAGAGCUGAAGAACCUGGAGCUGGCACUACAGACUGUCAAACAGAGACUAUUGGAUAGGAUGGAGAUAGAGUAGAAUCAAAGCUUGUCCUUUUACAUCACUUCUCAUGUGUCCUGUCUUUCUUUUUUACUACUUAUGAUGAGAUUGUAUAUGACCGUUUAGUUAAAGUUUUAGUAACACUGUAUACUAUUCAGGAGCAUGUUUGUGUCUGUAUGGACUAGUUCCAUUUUAAUCAUAUACCGAGGUUGGUGAGGCA